CAAGUAAGCAUUUCAAUACGAGAAAUGUCUGUGAUAAGAACUCUAUUAGUUUUAACUUCAGGUAGUACCAAAACUAUUGUUUUAAGACGUGCAAUGUCUUCAAAAUCCAGUUUCCUAAUAAACAAUCCAAAAUACGCUUUCCUAAAAGAAUUAGGCUUGAGCGAAACCAAUUACGGAGUGUACGAUGGACAAUGGAAAGGCUCUGGAAAAGUGGCUCAAUCUGUUUGUCCCAGCAAUGGCGAAAUAAUAGCUGAAGUCCAAGAAGGUUCGGUAACAGAUUACGAAUCCUGCAUAAAGUCAUCAGAAACAGCUUGGAAAGUUUGGAGUGAUUUGCCUGCACCGAAAAGAGGCGAAAUUGUCAGGCAAAUAGGAGACGCUCUUAGGAUCAAGCUCUUACCAUUGGCUAAACUAGUUUCAUUAGAAAUGGGUAAAAUCUUACCAGAAGGCAAAGGCGAAGUUCAAGAGUACAUAGACAUUUGCGACUACGCAGUCGGUUUAUCCAGAAUGCUUUCGGGAUCGGUUAUUCCAUCCGAAAGACCUGGACACGUUUUGCUGGAAAACUGGAACCCUUUAGGCACCAUAGCUGUGAUAUCAGCUUUUAAUUUUCCAGUUGCUGUGUACGGCUGGAAUAGUGCAAUAGCUAUGGUGUGCGGAGAUACUGUUAUUUGGAAAGGUUCUGAAACUACUCCUCUGGUAUCAGUAGCAACAACCAAAAUUGUUGCUGAGGUUUUGGAAAAGAACAACUUACCAGGUGCUGUAGGGGCACUGUGUUGUGGUGGUGCUGACAUUGGAAAAGCUAUGGCUAAAGAUGAUAGAGUUAAAUUGUUGUCUUUUACUGGAAGUUGCCAGAUUGGACAAAGCGUUGGUGUUGAAGUUCAGAAGCGUUUUGGCAAAUCUCUUUUAGAAUUAGGAGGAAAUAAUGCUCUGAUUAUAGCAGACGAUGCUGAUUUAAAAAUGGUAAUACCUGCCACUUUGUUUGCUGCUAUCGGUACCACUGGACAACGUUGUACCACAACUAGAAGACUGAUUUUACAUGAAAAAAUAUACGAUGAAGUAUUGGAAAAAUUAAAAACAGCCUACAGUCAAGUUUUGAACAGGAUUGGAGAUGCUUUAGAUGAAAGUGUCCUUAUUGGUCCUUUACACAGUCAAGUGUCUUUAGAUAAAUAUAAACAGACUAUAGAUUUGAUUAAAAAACAGGGUGGUACUAUUGAAUUUGGAGGAAAAGUUCUAGAUAGGCCAGGUUUCUUUGUAGAACCCACUAUAGUAACCGGAAUUAGUCAUAAACACGAACUGGUGCACAAUGAAUGUUUUGCCCCAAUUUUGUAUGUUUUGAAGGCUUCCAGCGUUGAAGAAGCCAUUUCGUGGAAUAACGAAGUGCCCCAAGGGUUGUCUUCCAGUAUUUUCACACAAAAUAUUUCAAAUAUAUUCAAAUGGAUUGGUCCAAAAGGUUCAGAUUGCGGCAUUGUAAACGUCAACAUUCCAACUUCUGGUGCUGAAAUAGGUGGGGCGUUUGGAGGCGAAAAACACACAGGAGGUGGAAGGGAAUCUGGAAGUGAUUCUUGGAAACAGUAUAUGAGAAGGUCUACAAUCACCAUUAAUCAUUCCAAGGAGUUGCCGCUGGCACAAGGGAUUAAAUUUGAAUAAGAGAGGAGAUUUUUUUUACUCAAUUUAAAAUUGUAUAUUACUAAGUAAAUGUAGUUAUGAAUAAAAUAAAAAUAUGGAAAAAGA